AUGGCUUCUCCAUUUCAAAGCAAUGAAAUAAUCUUAUCUACUCCUACUUCUAUUUCUUUAAAUGAAUCUCAUGAGGCCACUCAAUGUAGACCAAUAGAUUUAAGUAUGCUUCAAGAUGAUGACAGACCUGGCAAUGACAGUGAUCAAUUAGGUUCUCUCCCAGAACAUGAAGGGCCAAGAGAUGAGGAUUGUAUUACUAAUAAGAAGAGGCGAAAAACAUCAGUUAUUUGGAAUGACUUUCAUGAAAUUGAUAUCGCUGGAGGUGGAAAGAAAGCCGUAUGCAACUAUUGUAAAGAAAAACUAGCUACUGGUGGGAGGGGGGCUAGCACAAGCCAUCUUAAAAGGUAUUUCCAAAGUUACUUGCAAAAGAGGUUGCACAUGACUCGGCAAAAGAAGCAAACCACCAUUCCAUUUCAUCCUUCCAAUUCAGGUAUUAAUCCUUUUGUUACUCCUGGUGCUAAGUAUUCUAAUGAAAAAAUGAGAGAAAUUAUUGCUUCUGCUAUAAUGGUACAUGAGCAUCCUUUUAGUAUUGUUGAGGAUGAGAUUUGGAUGUGGGGUUUCCAAUAUGCAAAUCCUGAGUUUCAAAAAAUUUUUCGUAAAACAGCAAGGGCUGAUUGUUUAACAAUCUAUGAGGCUGAGAAAAAAAAACUGAAGGCUUUGUUGAAGAGUGUGAACAAAAUUAGUAUAACUACAGAUAUGUGGAAAUCAAGUCACCAAGUAGCUGAAUACAUGGUUAUUACUGGCCAUUUUAUUGAUGGGGGAUGGAGUCUUCAAAAGAGAGUUUUGAGUUUUGUGAAAGUUCCUGCUCCAAGGCGUGGAGUUGAUAUGGCUGAUGCAAUUUUUAAGUGUUUGAAAGCAUGGGGGAUUGAAAAUAAAGUAUUUUCAGUUUUUGUUGAUAAUGCAUCUUAUAAUGACUCAUGCAUAAGAAAUCUCAAGGAAAACUUAUCACUGUGCAACAAGUUAGUUCUUGAUGGAGAGUUGUUUCAUGUCAGAUGCUGUGUACACAUACUAAAUUUGUUGGUGCAGGAUGGCCUUGGUAAGAUUAAAAAUGUCAUUCACAACAUUCGUGAGAGUGUGAAGUAUAUUAAUCACUCUGAUUCAAGGUUGAAGGCUUUUUGUGAUGUUGUUGAACAAAAGCAAUUAAAAGAAAGAAAGUUAAUUAUUGAUUGUCCGACAAGAUGGAAUUCUACAUUUGAGAUGUUAUCUUCUGCUUUAAAAUUCAAGAUUGCAUUUCCAGCUUAUAAGGAAAGAGAGCCACAUUAUGAUUAUGCACCCUCACCUGAGGAUCGGAAAAAGGUUGAGAAGGUUUGCCAACUUUUAGAAGUUUUUAGUCUAGCUACUCAUGUCAUCUCAGGCAGUGAAUAUCCUACUACUAAUUUGUAUCUUGCUGAGGUUUAUAGGGUGAAAGAGGUAAUUGAUGCUGCAGCAAGGGAUUGGGACUUCUUUAUGAAAGAAAUGGCAAAGCCAAUGAAGAAAAAAUUUGAUAAAUAUUGGGGGGAAUGUAACCUUUUGAUGGCUAUUGCUAGUGUCUUAGAUCCUAGGUGCAAAUUUCAUGUUGUUGAUAUAUGUUUGCCCUUGAUAUAUAAACUAGAAACUGAGGCUGAAAAGAAUGUGAACAAAGUGCGCACGGCAUUACAAGUAUUAUAUGAUGAGUAUGUGAAUUUGAGUAGGGAAAAGUCAUCCUCUUGUGAAGUAAAUACUGGUGGCAGCAACUCUUUAUCUACUGCCUAUGCCAUAGACCGUAGUUGGAUGGACCAUCGAGUAGUCGAUGGGGUGAUUUCUGCUAAAUAUAAGGAGGGAGUCAAGUACUUCUGUGAUUAUGCUUUUGAGAAUGCUGCACUCUUAGUUCAAGGGCAGGCUUGUUGUCUUUCAUUGGUAUCUGUAUGGGGGACGUGGGAGACAAUUGCAAGGGUUAGAAGUCAGCAAGAUAGGGACAUAUGCAGAAUGGUAGACAUGGUUAUAGAUGCGGCUGGUCUUGAAUUUGAUUGGGAUAUGAAGGAUGAUCAAAAAGCUAGCAGUGGUGAUUUCUAUUAUGUGCUGAAAGAUACUGAUGAACCACUGUAG